AUGUCAAUCUUCCUCUGUUUCAUCUUUCUCUUACCACUUUUCUCAAUCUUCUUGAAAACUCUCAAACCUUCCAAAAAAUGGAAGAUUCCUCCAGGACCAAAGACGCUUCCGAUCAUCGGAAACUUACAAGACAUCCAAGGAAUGCUUCACUUAUGCCUCCGUAAUCUCUCCCAAAAACACGGACCAGUGAUGCUUCUCCGGUUCGGGUUCGUCCCCAUGGUUGUGAUCACAUCGAAAGAAGCAGCCGAGGAAGUCCUCAAGACAGAAGAUCUCGAGUGUUGCAGCCGACCAGAGACAGUUUCCGGCAGAACUGUCUCUUACAACUUCAAGUCCAUCGGAUUCGCACCUUACGGCGAAGAAUGGAGAGCGAUGCGGAAACUCUCGGUGGUCGAGCUCUUCAGCAUGAAAAAGAUUCAAUCUUUUAGGUAUAUCAGAGAGGAAGAGAAUGACUUGUUGGUCAAGAAACUCUCCGAACAUUCUUCCACACAACGAUCUCCAGUGAAUCUGAAGAAGACCCUUUUCACAUUAGUCGCGAGCAUCGUGUGUAGGGUCGGGUUCGGGAUAAAUCUCCACGAGUGCGAGUUCAUCGACGAGCACAGUAUCGAAGAGCUUGUUCAAAAGUCUGAGUUGGUUCUUGCGAGCUCUGCUUUCUCUGAUUUCUUCCCUGGUGGAAUCGGUUGGCUCGUUGACCGGAUCUCGGGACAGAACAAGAGACUGAACAAUGUUUUCUCCGAGCUCGACACUUUCUUCCAAAACAUCAUCGAUGAUCAUCUAAGACCUGAAAGAAUAAAACUUGAGGAUCCAGAUGUAGUUGAUGUGAUGAUCGAUAUGAUGAAGAAGCAAGAGAGAGAUGGAGACUCUUUCAAGCUCACUACAGAUCAUCUCAAAGGAGUUAUCUCGGACGUAUUUCUUGCAGGAGUGAACACAAGCGCCAUGACCUUGAUAUGGGGAAUGACUGAGAUGAUCAGAAACCCUAGAGUGAUGAAGAAAGUGCAAGACGAGAUUAGGGCAACGCUUGGGGACAAGAAGGAGAGAGUUACAGAAGAAGAUCUCAGCAAGCUUCACUACUUUAAGCUCAUGGUGAAAGAAUUGUUCAGGUUACAUCCAGCAGCUCCACUUUUGCUUCCAAGAGAGACGAUGUCUGACAUCAAGAUCCAAGGCUAUGAUGUUCCCGCCAAAACGCAGAUCAUGAUCAACGUUUACUCGAUCGCAAGAGAUCCAAAUAUAUGGACAAACCCUGAUGAGUUUAACCCUGAUAGGUUUCUUGAGAGUUCUAUAGAUUACAGGGGACUUAACUUUGAGCUGUUACCGUUUGGUUCUGGCAGAAGAAUCUGUCCGGGGAUGUCGAUGGGGAUCGCCACCGUGGAAUUGGGUUUGUUGAACUUGCUCUACUUCUUUGAUUGGGGUUUGCCUGAAGGGAAGACUGUGAAGGACAUUGAUAUGGAAGAAGCUGGUGCUAUCGUCAUCGGCAAGAAAGCUACUCUUGAGCUUGUUCCACUUCUUCAUUACUGA